AACUGCUUCUUUGUCAUUUGGGGUGUAUUUAUUGGGCAAACAUUUAUUGAGUACCUGCUGUCUGUUGACUGGGAUGGAGAAGAUGAAUAAUACACCAUCUACCCCAGAAAGCUCCUCUUCUAGUAGGGGCAGACUGACUCAUAACCAGAGAGCCAGAAAACAUCCUGGUUAUGAGAAGACAGAUGAUGUUUCAGAGAAGACCUCACUAGCUGAUCAGGAAGAAGUAAGAACCAUAUUCAUCAAUCAGCCUCAGCUGACAAAAUUCUGCAACAAUCACGUCAGUACUGCAAAAUACAACGUGAUCACAUUCCUUCCAAGAUUCCUCUACUCUCAGUUCAGAAGAGCAGCUAAUUCGUUCUUUCUCUUUAUUGCCCUGCUCCAGCAAAUACCUGAUGUGUCACCAACAGGUCGUUAUACAACACUGGUUCCUCUCUUAUUUAUUUUAGCUGUGGCAGCUAUCAAAGAGAUAAUAGAAGACAUUAAACGACACAAAGCCGAUAAUGCUGUGAACAAGAAACAGACACAAGUUCUGAGAAAUGGUGCUUGGGAAAUUGUUCACUGGGAGAAGGUAAAUGUUGGAGAUAUAGUUAUAAUAAAAGGCAAAGAGUAUAUACCUGCUGACACUGUCCUUCUCUCAUCAAGUGAGCCCCAGGCCAUGUGCUACAUCGAGACAUCCAACUUAGAUGGUGAAACAAACUUGAAAAUUAGACAAGGCUUACCAGCAACAUCGGAUAUCAAGGACAUUGACAGUUUGAUGACAAUUUCUGGCAGAAUUGAGUGUGAAAGCCCAAACCGGCAUCUCUACGAUUUUGUUGGGAAUAUAAGGCUUGAUGGACAUGGCACUGUUCCCCUGGGAGCAGACCAGAUUCUUCUACGUGGUGCUCAGUUAAGAAAUACUCAGUGGGUCCAUGGGAUAGUUGUUUACACAGGACAUGACACCAAGCUGAUGCAGAAUUCCACAAGUCCGCCACUUAAACUCUCCAAUGUGGAACGGAUUACAAAUGUGCAAAUUCUGAUUUUAUUUUGCAUCUUAAUUGCCAUGUCUCUUAUCUGUUCUGUGGGCUCAGCCAUUUGGAAUCGAAGGCAUUCUGGGAAAGACUGGUACCUCCAUCUACACUAUGGUGGCGCUAAUAAUUUCGGACUGAACUUCUUGACUUUCAUUAUCCUUUUCAACAACCUCAUUCCUAUCAGCUUGUUGGUUACAUUAGAAGUGGUAAAGUUUACCCAGGCAUAUUUCAUAAAUUGGGAUCUAGACAUGCACUACGAGCCCACAGACACUGCUGCAAUGGCCCGGACAUCUAAUCUGAAUGAAGAACUUGGCCAGGUUAAAUACAUAUUUUCUGACAAAACUGGGACCCUGACAUGCAAUGUGAUGCAAUUUAAGAAGUGUACCAUCGCAGGCGUGGCUUAUGGCCAUGUCCCCGAACCUGAGGAUUAUGGGUGCUCGCCUGAAGAAUGGCAGAGCUCACAGUUUGGAGAUGAAAAAACAUUUAGUGACCCAUCAUUGCUGGAAAAUCUCCAGAAUAACCAUCCUACCGCACCUAUCAUUUGUGAAUUUCUCACAAUGAUGGCAGUCUGCCACACAGCUGUACCGGAGAGAGAAGGUGAAAAGAUCCUCUACCAGGCAGCAUCUCCAGAUGAGGGAGCACUGGUCAGAGCGGCCAAGCAGUUGAAUUUUGUCUUCACUGGAAGAACUCCUGACUCAGUCAUCAUAGAUUCGCUGGGGCAGGAAGAAAGAUAUGAGUUGCUCAAUGUCCUGGAGUUCACCAGCGCUAGGAAAAGAAUGUCGGUGGUGGUUCGCACUCCGUCCGGGAAGUUACGGCUUUACUGCAAAGGAGCUGACACAGUAAUUUAUGAACGACUCGCAGAGACGUCAAAGUACAAAGAAAUCACCCUAAAACAUUUAGAACAGUUUGCAACGGAAGGGCUGAGGACUUUGUGUUUUGCUGUGGCUGAGAUCUCUGAGAGUGACUUCGAGGAGUGGCGGGCUGUCUACCAACGAGCAUCCACCUCGGUGCAGAACAGGCUGCUGAAGCUGGAGGAGAGCUACGAGCUGAUCGAAAAGAAUCUUCAGCUACUUGGAGCUACAGCCAUUGAAGAUAAAUUGCAAGACCAAGUGCCUGAAACCAUAGAAACUCUCAUGAAAGCUGACAUCAAAAUAUGGAUCCUUACUGGGGACAAGCAAGAAACUGCCAUUAAUAUUGGACACUCCUGCAGACUGCUGAAGAAGAACAUGGGGAUGAUUGUUAUAAACGAAGCCUCUCUUGAUGGAACCAGGGAAACUCUUAGUCGGCACUGCACCACCCUUGGAGAUGCCCUUCGGAAGGAAAAUGACUUUGCUCUUAUAAUCGAUGGGAAGACCCUCAAAUAUGCCUUAACCUUCGGAGUCCGGCAGUAUUUCCUGGACUUAGCUUUGUCCUGCAAAGCUGUCAUUUGCUGCAGGGUUUCUCCUCUUCAGAAAUCUGAGGUGGUCGAGAUGGUUAAGAAACAAGUCAAAGUCAUCACACUUGCCAUUGGAGAUGGAGCAAAUGACGUUAGCAUGAUACAGACGGCCCAUGUGGGUGUUGGGAUAAGUGGCAAUGAAGGUUUGCAGGCAGCCAACUCUUCAGAUUACUCCAUAGCUCAGUUCAAGUAUUUGAAGAAUUUGUUGAUGGUUCAUGGUGCCUGGAAUUACAACCGAGUAUCCAAGUGCAUCCUAUACUGCUUCUACAAGAACAUUGUGCUCUACAUCAUUGAGAUCUGGUUUGCCUUUGUCAAUGGCUUCUCUGGACAGAUCCUCUUUGAGAGAUGGUGCAUAGGGCUUUAUAAUGUGAUGUUUACAGCGAUGCCUCCCUUAACAUUGGGAAUAUUUGAGAGAUCGUGCAGAAAGGAGAACAUGCUGAAGUACCCUGAGUUGUACAAAACGUCUCAGAACGCUCUGGACUUCAACACCAAGGUUUUCUGGGUUCAUUGUUUGAAUGGCCUCUUCCACUCAGUUAUUCUGUUUUGGUUCCCACUAAAAGCCCUUCAGUAUGGUACGGUAUUUGGAAAUGGAAAAACCUCAGAUUACCUGCUUCUGGGAAACUUUGUUUACACUUUUGUAGUGAUAACUGUGUGUCUGAAAGCUGGGCUGGAAACCUCAUAUUGGACAUGGUUCAGUCACAUUGCCAUCUGGGGCAGCAUCGCGCUGUGGGUGGUGUUCUUUGGAAUCUACUCAUCUCUGUGGCCUGCCAUCCCCAUGGCCCCUGAUAUGUCUGGAGAGGCAGCCAUGCUCUUCAGCUCUGGAGUCUUUUGGAUGGGCUUGCUCUCCAUCCCUGUGGCAUCCUUGCUUCUGGAUGUGCUGUGCAAAGUUAUCAAGAGGACAGCCUUCAAAACAUUAGUGGAUGAAGUUCAGGAGCUUGAGGCAAAAUCUCAAGACCCAGGGGCAGUCGUACUUGGGAAAAGCCUCACCGAGAGGGCCCAGUUGCUGAAGAAUGUCUUUAAGAAGAACCACGUCAAUCUCUACCGCUCUGAGUCUCUGCAACAGAACCUGCUCCAUGGCUAUGCCUUCUCUCAAGAUGAAAACGGCAUUGUCUCACAGUCUGAAGUCAUUCGAGCCUAUGAUACCACGAAACAGAGGCCAGAUGAGUGGUGAUAAGGAGGCCUAAGCAACAGACCCUGCUGAGUCUCUGAGAAGAGCUGUCACAAUUUAAGGUCACCACUGCAAUCUGAUGACCAAUCCCAGUCUGGUUCAUGGGGAGAAAAAGUAUGUCUGAGCUCAUCUCACAGAUGGACAUUAUGUGACUACUAUACCACCAUUGCCCUCAGAUGUUCUCAAGUACCUGCUAAGGUUUUGUAAACUGAUAUUGGAAAUGACCUUGUGUCUUGCCUGAGUGCUUUCUCAAAAUGGGGACAGGUCAGUGUUCACAAGCCAUCCCUCUGGGGCUGUAACUAUCAGUUCAUUGGUUCCACCACCAGUCAAUCAACCAUUUAAAA